UACUUCAAAGAGCUAGAUUGAGAACACAAUGAUCAAUGCCCAAAACAAGAAAUUAUUUUGUGUAACAUUUUGGAGUAAAGAAGAGAAGUAUAUCUUUAUUUAUUUUUUUUUGAAGCAAAACGGGCAAAUUGUAUUAAUUAUUCAAAGCAAGCUUAUCCAUCAAUACACAGGGUGCAAUAUCCGGGGGGCUAUGAUUAACCCAGAUUUGCUCAUCCCCAAAAGGGAAGAAUCUAGCUAAAUGAUGUGCAACCAUGCAUGUUGCCAUCACGCUUAACAUGAACAAAAGAAAUGGAAUUAAAGCUACAGCUAAGUGCUAGAAUGUCUUCAAGAAUGGCAUCCAGCUCGGUACAGUAGACCAUUGAUCUUCCCAGCCUGCUCACAAUCGCUUCACAAUCUGGUUCAACCACCACAUCUUGCAGCCCGUACCUGAUUCCUAGUCUGAGAGCCAUAACAAUUCCCUUAGCUUCUGCAAUCAUGGGCUGCCACCAUGCUCUGGAGCGUCUCAUAGCAGCGAAGAUAACAUCACCCUUGUGAAGUGGAGGAUGCUUCAAUUUAUUGUGUAUCUCCCUUGUGAAGUGGAGGAUGCUUCAAUUGUGUAUCUUUUAAUUGUGUAUCUCCCUUGUGAAGUGGAGGAUGCUUCAAUUUAUUGUGGAGUAAUAUGUAAUCUUUUCCGUGUAUCCAAAAAGAAGUGGAGGAGCUUCAUUUAUAAAGAAGUUUCACCAAGCUCAAGUCAAAAGAAGGGAGUUAAUAUUUCACGGCAACCAUGCAUAAGAAAUCAAUCAAAAACCCUUUAAUUAUGCAUGUUUACUAAUUAGUCUUCCAUCUAUGUAUUAAACGGCUAGAGAGGAGGAAAUAUAUGAUGAUCAAAGUCAACUAAUUGCCAUAAUCAUGGUAUCAAUCCAGCAAAUUUGAAUUUUGAUCUUUUGAAGCAGUGGCGGACCCACCCUUGGUCCAGGUAGGUCACGUGACCUAGUAAAAAAAAUAAAAAUAAAUUUAAAUUUAAAAAAAAAAACAAAAAAUAACGGACAGUACUGGAAGGGGAAAAGAAACAAAACAGAGACCAAAUCCAAAAUACACGCACUCUCAUUCUCUCAAAUCUCAAUCUCUCUCUUCGCUCUUCGUGACUCACUCGUCGCCGCACCGCCUCGCCGGCCGCUCCAUCCGCAUACACACACACUCGGCGCUCUUCGACUCUUCUUGCUGCUAGAAUGAAAAGGAAAAAUAUGUGUGAUAUCACAAGUUUCUUUGGUCCGAAAAAUCCCCCUCCUCCACAAAGUCCUCCUCCUCCACAAAAUCCUUCUCCUCCACCUCCUCCUCCUUUACAAGAUCCACCUCCUUCACCACAAAAUCCUUUUCCUCCACCUCCACCUCCACCACCACAAAAUCCUUUUCCUCCACCUCCUCCACCACAAAAUCCUUUUCCUCCACCACAAAAUCCUCUUCCUCCACCUCCUCAAAAUCUUUCUCCACAUCAAGAAAGUGAACAACAUUCUUCUCCAUCACAUAACUUUACUCUCAAUGAAGAUGGACAAUUUAUUCCUGAAGUUACUUCAAGUCCUAGAGCUCGGGUUGAUGAUGGAAGAUUAAGUGAAGAUGAUAUUGCUAAUCUUCCACAAGACCCGGGACAAAGGAGAAAAAUGAGUGAUUUUCAUCCUGAUGAUAGAGAUUUAGCGAGGAGGACAUACCUUCAAAGAAAGCCUUGCCAACCUCAAGAUUUUGAAUAUCCUCAAACAUUUUUCGGAACCAAGAGGCGUCGAUUUAAUGUCAAAUGGUUUGAUACUUGGGGCUCUUGGCUGGAGUAUAGUGUUUCCAAAGAUGCUGCUUUUUGCUUCAUUUGCUAUCUAUUCAAGGAUGAUAACACUGUUGGAGGUGAUGCUUUUGUUUGUGAUGGUUUUCGUGGUUGGAAUCGAUUAAACACAUUUCGAGAUCAUGAAAGCAAACACAUGAGUGCUCACCAUAAAGCUAUGACUGCCAUGGAGUUAUUCAAGCAACAAAAGGGUAGUAUUAUCACUGCUCAAUCAAAGCAAACGGCGGAAACUAGAAGUGCUUAUCGUAAGCGAUUGGAGGCUUCAAUCACAACCAUUAGGUGGCUUACUUUUACUUCAGGGGCUACCUUUUUGUGGUCAUGAUGAAAAAGAAAGUUCAUUGAAUAGAGGUAAUUUUAUUUCUCUAUUAACUCUUCUUUCUAAACAUGAUCUUGAAUACUCCAAAGUUGUUUUCAAAAUGGCACCCGGUAAUUGUCAAAUUACUUCUCCAACUAUCUAAAAAGAUAUCAUCCAUGCUUGUGCAAAAGAAACAACUAAAGCAAUACUUGAAGAUCUAAAUGGUGGUUUUUUUGCUAUCCUUGCUGAUGAGUCUGCCGAUGUUUCCGAUAAGGAAAAAUUGGCUCUUUGUUUGAGAUAUGUUGGUAAAAAGGGAUAAGCAAGUGUGUGAAAGAUUUCUUGGUGUUGUGCAUGUUGCUAAUACUACUUCCUUGACUCUUAAAGUUGUUAUUGAGUCAUUACUCAUGGAGUAUUCUUUGACUUUCUCUCAAGUUCGGGGUUAGGGCUAUGAUGGGGCAAGUAAUAUGCAAGGUUCAAUCAAUGGUCUCAAAACUUUAGUAUUGAAUGAAUGUAAACAAGCAUACUUUGUACAUUGCUUUGCUCAUCAACUUCAAUUGACACAAGUUGCCCUUGCUAAAAAAAAUUCAGAUUGUGCUUGGCUAUUUGUUGAUGUACUUGCACCUCUCUUGAACUUUGUGGGAGAUUCACCUAAGAGGAAAGAAUUUCUUCGAGAAAAACAAGUUGAUCAAGUUGUUGAGGCAUUAUCCUUAGGUGAAGUUGAAUCGGGAACUGGUUUGAAUCAAGAACGUGGCUUAGGUAGACCUUGUGACACUCGUUGGGGGUCUCACUUUAAAACAAUUUUGAAUGUGCUUGAUUUAUAUCCUACAAUCUUGAAUUCGCUUGAUUCCAUUGCCGAAUUUUCUGAUACAGUUGAUUCAAAUAAAGCACAAUCUAUCACACACUUGUUGAUGUCAUUUGAUUUUGUAUUUGUGGCACAUUUGAUGGUUGCUAUAUUUGGGAUAACAAAUGAGUUGAAUGUGGCUUUGCAAAAACAUGAUCAGGAUAUUGUAAAUGCAAUGGAAAUGGUUGAUGUAACCAAGUUUAAUCUGCAAAAGUUGAGAGAUGAAGGAUGGGAUUCUCAUUUGGAGGAAGUUACUUAUUUUAUGGAUAAACAUGGAAUUGAGGUUCCUAAUAUGGAGGGGAGAUAUCAUGUUCCCGGGAGAAGAAUGUAUAGAGGUAAUGGCCCACAAGUGACAAAUCUUCAUCAUUUCCGGGUUGAAGUUUUUCUUAGUGCCAUUGAUCUUCAACUACAAGAAUUGGAAAAUAGAUUCCCGAAGGUAAGUAAGGAACUACUUGUAUGUAUGUCUUACUUUAAUCCCACUAAUCGUUUUGCUUCAUUUGACAAAAGUAAAUUGAUUCAACUUGCCAAAUUCUAUCCUAAUGAAUUUCCAAGUAAUGAAUUGAAAUUUUUUGGUUAUUCUCUUGAUAAUUUCAUCGUUGCUAUGAGAAAUGAUGAGAGGUUUUGGAAUUUGAAGAGUCUUAGUGAGACUUCCGUGAAACUUGUUGAGAUGGGAAAGCAUGAAACCCAUGAACGAGUGUACUUGCUUUUGAAGUUGGUUCUAACUCUACCCGUUGCUAGGCAAGUGUAGAAAGGGUAUUUUCAGGAAUGAUGCAAGUGAAAGAUAAAUUGCGUAAUAGCAUGGGGGAUCAAAUGUUGAAUGAUUGCUUGGUUACUUAUAUAGCGCGAGAUAUGAUUUUGAAUGUUGACAUAAAUGAAUGAUAUUAUAGAUCGAUAUCAAAACAUGAAAACUCAUAGAGAGCAAUUGUAAUUUCCUUUAUUUGGUUGUAAUAUGGAUAUUUAUUACUUUUGGAAUGUAUUUUUUUUUUUAAAAAUAUUAGCUUUUUUUAAAAUAUUCUUGCAUUAAUUAUUGAUUAGUAGUCGGUGGUGACCUAGCACCCGAAAAAUCCUGGAUCCGCCACUGUUUUGAAGCAAAAUCAAUGAACCUAGACUUGGAGUUGUACUAUGGGAAUAAGUGAAUAACUCCAACAUAUGUACUACAAGAGGAUUCGGGUGAACAUUUUAGGACUAAAAUUUGCCCAUAAAGGACUAUCAUUUGGGGACGGAUGGAGUAAGUUAAUAGA